AUUUUGCCGCUUUUUGCAAUGGAAAUAGCAGCAGUUGAACUCAGGGAUUGUUGAGAGAUAGUCCAAUAGUUGGUUGUUGAGAGUGACUUCGAGCGCACGUUUCAUUAAAAUGGAUCGAGUUUUUGUAGGCUUAAAUGUUGAUAUAAAAAGGACUGAUCGUCGAAUUCAUCCCGCCAAAAUAAGUUGCUUAAACACUUUAAAUCGUACCGUAACAGUAGAGUGGCUUGAGAAUGGAGAAACUAAAGCUAAAGAGAUUGAAAUCGAAAUAAUACUUGCGCUUAAUCCUCAUCUGAUUACGGGAUCUUCAGAUGGCACACCAAAUCACCCGACUACCAAAUCCACACCAAAAAACGUGUCUCGAAGGGCGACAACAGGCUCGAAGAAUGCAGCUGUUUCUAAUUUACGAGAGAGUCACACUCCUCAAGGUGGUAUUAAAUCAAAUAGUACUCCGAAAUUAGCAGUUGCCCCAUCAUCUGGAGAAAACUUGUCACCUGGAUUACCAAAUUUUCAUACAAGAGCACAACCAACAGUGACAAACAGUAUGGCAACAAGACGGCGUACUAAUCCCAUUAAAGAAGUGGAAAGGUUAGAGAAGAAUCGUGAAGAAAGAAAAAUCCGUAAUGCAGAGUCAAGAGAAGAGAAAAAGACAAUGAUGAAGAAAGAUCCAGGAAAUGUUAACUGGGAAUUUUCUGCCAUGAUUAAGGAAUUUUGUGCUUCAUUGGAUUACCAUCCUAUUCGUGAUACUGAUUUUCUUGAUAUAGGAAACUCUGAUCCACAGAUCACUGUUUGUGUUCGAAAACGACCAAUGAACAAAAAAGAAACAGAUCUAAAGGAAGUUGACAUAGUAUCUAUACCUGACAAACAGAGAAUUAUAGUACAUGAGCCAAAAUUGAAGGUUGAUUUGACCAAGUUUUUGGAAAACCAGCUAUUUCGAUAUGAUUAUGCCUUCGACGAAAAUUGCAACAACGAAAUAGUCUACCGAUGUACUGCACGCCCGUUGGUACGCACACUUUUCGAAGGAGGCAUGGCCACUUGUUUUGCUUAUGGUCAAACUGGAAGUGGUAAGACGCACACUAUGGGCGGAGAGUUUCUGGGGAAGAAUCAGAAUUGUGGUAACGGAAUUUAUGUUUUAACGGCAACUGAUGUUUUUAAAAAUGUUCAACAGCCUAAAUACCGCGACCUUAAUCUUAAAGUAUCGGCAUCGUUUUUCGAAAUUUAUUCAGGAAAAGUUUUUGACUUACUGAAUGGUAAAGCAAAGCUACGCGUAUUGGAAGAUGGAAAACAACAAGUUCAAGUAGUGGGUUUAAGUGAAAGAACUGUUGAAUCUGUUGAUCAGGUUCUGGAUCUUAUACGUCAUGGUAGUCGAAUGAGGACUAGUGGUCAAACAGCAGCAAAUGCAAAUUCGUCACGUUCUCACGCUGUGUUUCAAAUUAUUCUGCGCACUGGAGCUGCUUCUCGGCUUUAUGGCAAAUUUUCCCUUGUUGAUCUUGCUGGCAACGAACGUGGAGCGGAUACUAACUCUUCGGAUCGACAGACAAGAAUGGAGGGCUCAGAAAUCAACAAGUCCCUAUUAGCGUUGAAGGAAUGUAUCAGGGCUCUUGGGCGGCGAGGAGCGCAUCUUCCCUUUCGUGCUUCGAAGUUAACCCAAGUGUUAAAAGAUUCUUUUAUAGGAGAAAAAUCCAAAACUUGCAUGAUCGCAAUGAUAAGUCCUGGUAUGUCCUCUUGUGAGAAUUCACUGAAUACACUCAGGUAUGCUGAUCGUGUGAAAGAGCUAGCAGUGGAUGUGAGUGAUCCCUCCGAAAAUGAACCAAACCUGUUGAAAUCGAGCCCAUCAUUCUCGGAGCCUAAUCUACAAUUGAUCAUGGAAGAAGAAGAAGAACUUUCGGCAGAAUUGUAUUCAUUUCAUGAAGCGGCAUUCCGAUUACAAGAGAUGGAGGAAGAUGUCGUUGAAAGUCAUCGUAAUUUACUUGAGAGUUUUCCGAAAUGGCAUGAAACGAUUGCUAAGCUAAUCGAACUUCCCGAUCAACUUGAUUUUGAUCUUGAAGCCUAUGUUUCGAAGAUGUCUACUGUACUGACUGAGUUUGGCGAUGAUGUUAUGUCUCUCAAAACCAAGUUUAUCCAAGCCCGAAAAGAGUUGGAGGAAGAUGAUGUAGAUAACCUUCGACCUAAGAUGCUCCGCCAUCCGAGAUCAAUGGCAUACAAAGGAAAUCAGCUCCGCGAAGCAGAACGUUGCGAAUAAUAGCAGUCGUUCAGCCGAUCUCUUUAUUUAUCUUUCUACCUCUUUGAGCUUUUCCCGAAAAAAGAUUCUUUAAACAGGUUUUAGCUUGUAAUAUUUCACCACUGUACGUCAUCAUCACUUCAUUCAUUGCCAUCUAUUUUGCUUCCUCAUAAAGGUGAAUAUUACCAUGCACAAUUGUAAAGUAGAGCUAACAUAUGUAAAAGUAGAUAUAUUUAUUCUUGCUUUACCAAACAAUUAGCAAUCUCACUUUCUGCCAAAUUUGAUUCUAAGGAUUUUGUAAAAUAUUUAGGAAAAUUCAUAUUUUAAUAGCAAAUAAAACAUAUACUGUCCUGA